AUCGGGCAAUUAUUUCGAGGCGCGUUCUUUCCGCUUUCGAGAACUUCGGAUGGCCGGACAGCGGUGGCUAGCGGUGUUCCUCGACUUUAUCGCUGUCGCCUGGCUGUCGCAGGAAGGUAUAUUCCCCGUGCCCGGUCCGCUACGAGCCGAUGGGUCGGAGCUUGAACAGACAUGGCGUGCAAACAAGGACACACAUCGUGGGGUUUGGUAUGCGCGACGCGCUGUACACGCCCUCGCGUCGCCGACGAUGUACAAGCUCAUCCGCCGCAUCUCCAGCUCCUUUUUCCCUCGCCCCGAUCGGCCAUGGAGCGAAGACGCGACGUCCUCUGCACCGCAGAUCGGCCGUAAACGGCGGCUAAGCUCGACGGAGCCCGACCUCGAGCCGUCUGCGAAGAAACAGCGCUCAGAGUCCGCGGAUGUCUCCGACAGUGCGCAGACGACGAGGGAGGAUACCCCCGUGCGCACAGGGAAGGAGACGGAGGAGCCCGAGGUGAAGGCGGUCACCAAGGGUGUGAAGGAGGUCGAGCUGGAGGACAAACCCGCGGCUUCGGCCAAAACUGCAGCAGCAGUCCCCCUUCCCGACUCGCCGAUUCUGCAGCCGACUCAGGAGGCGGAUGAAGUAAAGCCGGAGUCGGCAGAGGAAAAGGCAGAGGAGCCCGUCGCGGAAGCGACUACGACGGAACAGUCGCCGAGCGCACCAGAGGACGCUCCCGCAGUCACGCCUGAGCUUGUCGCCCACCACGAGAAAACGAGCGACACAAAUGCUAAGGGCGAGGAUAUUCCUGGCUUGAGCGCUGUCGGGGAGAAGGGCGCGGGGAGCAAGGAGGCGGAGGCGGAUGGUGCAGAGAAGAAGAUCGACACGACCGAGGCUCAACCCGAGGCGGACAAAUCUACGAACGACCAGUCUUGA